AUGUCGUCAUUUAUACUAGGUGACAAAUCAUAUGCUCAGGGGAAGAAAUCCCUUAAGGCCCUUAAAAAUCAAUUUUCUAAUCCUACUACAAUAUACUUACUGAUAAAUAUAAAGAUAACAAUAGUUCGUACUAAGGACUAUACACCUAGAAUAAUACCCAUCACUCAUAAACUUGAUAAAGUUGAAAACAAAUCAGUACUUCUAAUCACCAAGGAUCCUUCAACUCCCUAUAGAGAUGCUCUUACUGCCAAGGAUUCACCAACAGAAGAUGUUUUCAAUCAAAUCUUUACUUUAACUAAGCUUAAAUCCAUAGCGAGAGAUCCUAAAAAAGUAUACAAAUUAUUUAAAGAAUAUGAUAUUGUAGUAGCGGAUAAUCGAGUUCAUAAAUUCUUACCGACUAUAUUAGGUGGUCAAUUCUAUAUAAAAAAUAAAAAAGUUCCAUAUAUGAUUCAAAUGGCUAAACCAUCAGCAGAAUCUCAAGCUCAAUUAGUGAGAGGAAAGAAGUCAACUAAAUUAAAGGAUGAUAGAUGUGAACCUAAGUAUGUUAAACAACAAAUGAAGGCUAUAGUUGGUAAUACUAGUUAUAUACCAAGUUCUUCAGGGAAUUGUCUUUUUAUUCGGGUAGGAUCUACUGAAUGGCCUAUUGAGCAUAUACUUCAUAAUAUUAAUGAUGUCUUACAAUAUUUAAUAGAUACUAAAUAUGGUCCUGUAGGAGGAGUAUUAAAGAGUAUAGAUAAUUUAGGUAAUAUUCAUAUAAAGACUAGUGAAAGUAUAAGUUUACCAUUAUAUACCCCUACUGAAAUCACUAAUGAUGAUGAAGAUGAUGAUAAUAGUGAUUAUGACUUUUAA